AUGUCCGAUAUUAUGAACGACUGGAUUGUCGCCGACAGCGAGGACGAAGACGCCUCACGACCUCUUCAAAUUGUUGACAAAAACGGCCUCUUGAACGGAACAUCGGUUUCUACAGGUCCGGACAAGAUACUACAGCGUCAGGAAUUUUUUAAGCUUUGUGUGCUUUACCGCAUGCUAACUGGACAUGGUUUUGCAGCGUCACUCAUUCAGACUGCCUCAUUUAUUACCAGCCAAGCGCGGACUCCCCAGCGAGGACGUGAACCUCUCGACAUAAGUGAUACCUCUCUGUUUACGCCACCUCCAGGGUACCAAGACUAUAAUCCACCAAAUGCUUCUCCGUUACUCCCUCGUGGUACGGGAACACCUGUGCCGAAGUCUAAACCGCGCCCACGUCCUGUACCGCGAAAGUCUCGAACCACGAGUACCAUAUAUGACGACUUCGUCAGAGACGAUGAAUCUCGUUCCUCUACCUCACUAAUCGGUUCUGCAUCUGCAAUCCCAGCCAGUAUCUUAACUACAGAUAGCAUCCACCCUCCAACCACACCAUCUGCUAUCUCAGAAGCCAUCGAGGAGGUCGAUCCUGCAUUUAGUAUUGCCGACCGAGCCAAGACGCGCGCUCGGAAGACUCAGGCCAAGAAGCCGACUUACGUGCCUGUCAGCCAUGAUGUGAUAGAGUUAACAUCAGAUUCCGACCUCGACGAACUAUCCCUCAAGCCUCCACGGAAGCGGCAGAAAUCCCAAGAGAAGCCUGUCAAGCCAAAGCCGAGACCCAAGCCGAGACCCAAGCCUAAAGCUAGGACAUCUCCUUCUUCACCUAAGGUUGCUGAACAAAGCACCGGUGAUACUCAGCCGAGCGACUUUGCUUUUCCUUCACCGGCAGGGCCAGCACUUCCGACCCAACUAUCUUCUACAAUAUCGCGCCUCCCGUCUUUCAUACCUCCUUUACCCGACUUGUCUUCUCCACUUUCUUCACCCGAAAUAACUCGCAGGCGGAAGACAGUAUCCCCGUUUCACUCAGAGGUUCAUGGAAAAGAGAUGGAUGUGGAUGUCCCCGAUGCUUCAUCGUCUUUUGUUAUGCCACCUCCUUUAUCCUCUGCGCCAUUGUCGCCUGUCGUCCCGCCAAUCGAUGAUUCGCAUACAGUCGAAGGACAAACCGGGGACGCAGACAUUAUCACUGCUGCGAGCAAGGGUAAGAAAAAGGACACGAAGUUGUCUUCUCGAGCAAAGGGGAAGAAAAAGAGUCGGAAGCAGGCUGACAAAGUCGAGCUCGACAAUCUUGCGCACAACCUCCCCACGGAUGAGCCAGCUGCAUGUAAUACCGCUCUCGAGGACAACAAUUUGGUUGAGAAACAGGAAUCAAAAGUUACGUCGAAGAAUGCACUACCGAAACCCACCCCCAUCGUGAAAUCGAAAUCGAAACCCCAGCCGAAAGGCAAAAGAAAAGCGGUUCUCUCGGAAAGUGAAGAUGAGGACGACGAACCUCCUCGUUCGAGGUCACCUACACAAGGUAGCCAUUUGCCCCAGGACGAAGAUUCUCGAGGCGAAGAUCUCGGGAAGGAUUCUGAAAUCAUCGCAGUCCCUGAGAUAACCAAUAAGAUUUCUCCGCAAAGCGUAGUUACCCUACCAAAGCAGACUCCAGCCGCCACUCUCAAGUCACGCGCCUUCACCAUCAAAUCCAAGUCGACCCCAAUGUCAGAGCUCAUCCGGCGUGUCAACUCACAACCAAAUUCACCAUUCUCGAACAGUCCUUCCUAUUCGCCAUUGGUGAAGUCUUCACGAAUGAUGCUUUCACGGAUUGCACCGCUGCACCCCAACCGACGAGCCCCUCCACCACCAUUACCGAGACCGCCCCCGCCGAAGAAGAGCAAGAAGCAAAUAGAGAUGGAGGAACGCAUUGAGGAGGAAUUAUCGGAGACUGUUGAAGGGUGGUCGUGUAUGACUGACGAGGAGAGAAGGAACUUGCGGAGAGCACGAAUUGAUGCUGAGUUGGGUUAUGAAUGA